UAGUAUUAAGUGUGGAUGAAUUAUAUAUACUCGUCUCUGAUUGUUGAGUUACGAAGAUUUGAAACAUAGAAAAUGAGUGUGGACCAUGUUGGUGCGUUACAAAUGCAGCCAGCCCCGGGCCUUUGAAAUGCGUUUCACACUGACCAAUGCAUGAAAACAAAAAAUAAACACAUGAAAAAGAGGACCGUUUAUUUGAAUGGUCUGUCCCCUUUAAUUAAUCUUAUGACUUGAGAGCUGUUUUUUUGUCCUCUUCCCCAUACUAGUAUUACUCUUAUCAAGAAAAGCAAGCACAAGUUGAAGCUCUCUCACCCUUUCCAUUCCCCAUUUCCGUCAUAUAUCAGGUUGAAGCUGUCAGUGUCAGACAUGAACAUGAACAUGAGGCAGCAGCAGGUAGCAUCAUCAGAUCAGAACUGCAGCAACCACAGUGCAGCAGGAGAGGAGAACGAAUGCACGGUGAGGGAGCAAGACAGGUUCAUGCCAAUCGCUAACGUGAUACGGAUCAUGCGCAAGAUUCUCCCUCCACACGCAAAAAUCUCCGAUGAUGCAAAGGAGACAAUCCAAGAGUGCGUGUCGGAGUACAUCAGCUUCAUCACCGGGGAGGCCAACGAGCGUUGCCAGAGGGAGCAGCGCAAGACCAUAACCGCAGAGGACGUGCUUUGGGCAAUGAGUAAGCUUGGAUUCGACGACUACAUCGAACCGUUAACCAUGUACCUUCACCGCUACCGUGAGCUGGAGGGUGACCGCACCUCUAUGAGGGGUGAACCGCUCGGGAAGAGGACUGUGGAAUAUGCCACGCUUGCUACUGCUUUUGUGCCGCCACCCUUUCAUCACCACAAUGGCUACUUUGGUGCUGCCAUGCCCAUGGGGACUUACGUUAGGGAAACGCCACCAAAUGCUGCGUCAUCUCAUCACCAUCAUGGAAUCUCCAAUGCUCAUGAACCAAAUGCUCGCUCCAUAUAAAAUUAAUGAAGAGUACUGUUCAGUAGGAGAACAAGACUUCUUGGACUUGAUUAGCUUAACUCUCAGUGAUUGGUGUUAGAGUACUGUUGUUGAGGAUGGUUAAUUUUAUAAUUAAGGGCUGGGAAUUGGGGAGUUAGUAUAUAUUCCUAAUCCUAAUUAUGUGCAUCUUUAAUUUAUGGAAUAACUUUGUUUUUUGUUUUAACUUCUGAUAAUUUGGAUUUUCUGAUGUUUAAUGUGGUUUUGUCUAUCCCUUA